AUGGCCACCUCCGACCCCAUAGUUCUAGAACCCAACUCACUCUACAUUCUCCUCUUCCGCCAGGGCGAAGCCUAUCAAUUCCACUGGGGUCUCUUCCUCACUACCACCAGCAGCGCCCCAGCAGCAGAAGAAACAGCUGAAUCACCCGAAUCCACUGAACCAGCAGAGACAACAGCAACAACUAGUCCCCCAGGCACCCUUUUCGAACUUAUAAACCCAAACCCUUCCAACAGCAGACACUGGACCUACAACACCAGCACCGUCGCCACGUUUACCAACAAAAACAACCCCAUCUCCGCCCUCAAAAUCUCCACCAUAGAACCAAUCCUUCACGACCCCGUUCACGCCCUCCUCGCCACAAUCCCCGUCGUCACCUACUCCCACCGUUUUGGGGAGGACAUGUCGUGUCGUGUGUGGCUGAAGGAGGCGCUGUAUGCGCUUGAUCAGAGUGGGUUUAUACAGCUUGUAUGGACUGUUGAUGAGAUUGAGAAGGAGGCUAAGGGAUUGGGGAUGCUGUGUUGGUGUAGUGGGAUUGGGAGGGGCAAUGCUAAGGGAAGAGUGGAGCGGAGUGCUGGGUGUCUUUUCUGA